GGGGGCUCUAGCGGUGAGCGGCGCUGCUGCGCUGUAUGCGGGAGAUCUCCGGUAACCGGAUCUUUACUGCGGGUCGCCCCGGUAACGCAAAUAACAACAACAGAGACAUCCGGUAGCGAACAUCAACUUUAAUCAAACCAAUAUACUUCAUUCCGCUUCAUUUAUACCAGUCUGAUUUAUCUAAACUUACUUUAUUUAACUCUGACUCUUCAUCCUCAUCAUCUCAUCGUUUCAUGAUCUCAUUAUCUCAUCAUCUUAUUAUCUCAUCAUCUUAUUAUCUCAUCAUCUCAUCUGAUCAUCUGCUCCUGACUCGUGUUUAUGUUGUUAAUGGUUUAAGGUGCUAAAUUGUGCUGUUGGAGGAGCUGUGCGGUUGAAGGAGCUGUGCGGUUGGAGGAGCUGAGCUGUUGGGGGAGCUGUGCUGUUGGGGGAGCUGUGCGGUUGGAGGAGCUGAGCUGUUGGGGGAGCUGUGCGGUUGGAGGAGCUGUGCUGUUGGGGGAGCUGUGCUGAGCUGUGUUAUCAGGAUGUUCCUGAGGCAGAAAAGCGGUUUUGACCCAGACCUCCACCAGCGCCCUGCCUCCAGUAACACAUGUCUGGUAGAAAAAGUCAAACAUGCUGACCUUUCCUGUCCUGAGGUGGAGAAAAGACUAACUAUCACAGUCUCUGAAUGUGACAUAGCGAGGUUUCGGAAUCCUCUCUAUCAGAAUCUGUGUGUGUCGAUGCUGCAGGAAGGGUUUCAUCUCUCCUUUGAAAAGUUCUUUUCUUUGCUGAAAAGGUCAAGAGCUUCUCGGCUUCCUCUGGAGGAUCAGCACCACAAACUGGAGAUGCUGAGAGAGCACCUCACCCGCGCUGAGGGUGCUGAAAGAGCUGGUCAGUAUGAGGUGGUGUGUGAUGGAUAUUCGGCUCUGGCCGGGUUUUUCUCUGGUUCAGGAGACGAGUGGCUGCAGGAGUUUUUCUUCCAUCUCGGCUUUUUCUCCUCCUGCAGGAUUAAAUCAGAUGGCGGGAGGCGGGAGGCUGAAGCCAGAGCUCACCUGGGCCACCUGCACCUGAAACGAGGUGAACUGGAUCAGGCUCUGGAGCAUUAUGGGAAGUAUCAGUGUCUGGUGGCGGGACAGCCGUGGCGGGACGAGGGUGGGCGUUCGUACCAGUCCCGCGGGGAGGAGGGACUCUGCAGGAUCUACUUCCUCCUGUCAGAAAAACACCUGCAGAAUAACGAGAACCAAAGAGCUGCAGAGAUUCUCACCAACGCCUACUAUAUAACUAAACAAGGGGAUGAUAGGAGGAUGGAGGGAGAGGCAGCGUUCCGACUCGCUGUGGCCAAUCAGAGCCUGAGAAAUCACACAACUGCUAAACAGUUUCUGAACAGGUUUGUGGAGAUCUCCACUGCACUGGGAGACUCAGACAGUCUGGGGAAAGCAUACAAAGCCUAUGCCAAAUCUCUGGAGAGUGAAGGUAAACAGAAUGAAAGUCUCCAGUAUCUGCAGAAAUAUGCUGAUAUUUCUCAGGAGAAGAAUCAGGAGCAGAACCUGCUGGAUUCCUGCAUGAGUCUCGGAUACGUUUUCAGCUCCAGAGGUGAGUUUGAUGCAGCGUGGGAGUGUUUUAUGAGGGUGAUGGAGAGGGGGGGGGCGGGGUCGGUUGAGGCUCAGGCGGCUGCAGGAGCGGCGCGGGGUUUCACUCUACUGCCGGAGUUCAGCGCCACCAUAACAAAUACAACCAACAACCAAUCAGAACCUCCACACACUCCUCUACUGCACCAACACACACCCCACGAUAAGAAGGAAGGAGGGAGUGACAGAAGCUGAGUGAAACAGGAGAAGAGGCGAAGAGUUGGAACAGAAAUCUGUAUCUGAACUGAAUAAACAUCUCUUUAAGACCUGGUUUCCAUGUUUCAUGUAUCAGUUUGAUUUUUAUACAGCAGUGGAUCAAUAGAGACCCCAGGAACAGAUCAGCUGUUUAGUGCGGGACGUCCGUCGGAUGCAGCGUUUCUGCUGUUUCUGCGAGGAUAGUAACGUUAUCUGAGGAAACUUAGCUUUAACAGUUGUUUCUUUAAAAUAUUUUCAUAUUUUCACAUGUGAUAUAAUGUGGCUUUCUGUGAUCAUAUGGAUAUAAUUAAAUGUAAUAGUGUUAUCACUGUGCUGCAGUUGUAAACAGUGGUUUGUAAUGUUCGUGUUCAGUGUGUAAAGAGCUGUUUGCUGUUUUGCGACUUUUCUUUUCAGCUGUAAAAUCUGUUUAAUUUAUCGCUGAAUCCACCUUUCUCUCUCCUCCCUCGUAUCAGCUGUAUAGAUAUCAUCACAUCUCCACUUCCUCUAUUUCUAUUUCAAGUUAAAAGCCCCCUGCAGAAUGUUUUUAUAGAUUAUGUAAUUUUGUUAUUGUAAUUUUAUAAAAUUUCAUUAAAUCUGAUGCAGCAGUGGAGACAGUUUUGCAGUGGUGGGCCACAGCUGUUUAAAUGUAGUGGAAACACUGUGGUGUAACGGCAGUUUACUGUGUUAAAGACUCAAAUAAAACUCUUAAAUCCUGAAACUUAA